AUGGAGCGGCCCCCGGGGCUGCGGCCGGGCGCGGGCGGGCCCUGGGAGAUGCGGGAGCGGCUGGGCACUGGCGGCUUCGGGAACGUCUGCUUGUAUCAACAUCGGGAACUUGAUCUCAAAAUAGCAAUUAAGUCCUGUCGCCUAGAGCUAAGUACCAAAAACAGAGAACGGUGGUGCCAUGAAAUCCAGAUCAUGAAGAAGUUGAACCACGACAAUGUCGUAAAGGCCUGUGAUGUUCCUGAGGAACUGAAUUUUUUGAUUAAUGAUGUGCCUCUUCUAGCAAUGGAAUAUUGUUCUGGAGGAGAUCUGCGUAAGCUACUCAACAAACCAGAAAAUUGCUGUGGACUUAAAGAAAGCCAGAUACUUUCUUUACUGAGCGAUAUAGGAUCUGGGAUUCGAUAUUUGCAUGAAAAUAAAAUUAUACAUCGUGAUCUAAAACCUGAAAACAUAGUUCUUCAGGAUGUUGGUGGAAAGAUUUUGCAUAAAAUAAUUGAUUUGGGAUAUGCCAAAGAUGUUGAUCAAGGAAGUCUGUGUACGUCUUUUGUAGGAACAUUGCAGUAUCUGGCCCCUGAGCUCUUUGAGAAUAAGCCUUACACAGCCACUGUUGAUUAUUGGAGCUUUGGGACUAUGGUGUUUGAAUGUAUUGCUGGGUAUAGGCCUUUUUUGCAUCAUCUGCAGCCAUUUACCUGGCAUGAGAAAAUUAAGAAGAAGGAUCCAAAGUGUAUAUUUGCAUGUGAAGAGAUGACGGGAGAAGUUCGAUUUAGUAGCCAUUUACCUCAACCAAAUAGCCUUUGUAGUUUAAUAGUAGAACCCAUGGAAAACUGGCUACAGUUGAUGCUGAACUGGGAUCCUCAGCAGAGAGGAGGACCUAUUGAUCUCACUUUGAAGCAGCCAAAAUGUUUUAUAUUAAUGGAUCACAUUCUGAAUUUGAAGAUAGUACACAUCCUAAAUAUGACUUCUGCAAAGAUAAUUUCUUUUCUGUUACCACCUGAUGAAAGUCUUCAUUCACUGCAGUCUCGUAUUGAGCGUGAAACUGGAAUAAAUACUGGUUCUCAAGAGCUUCUUUCAGAGAUGGGAAUUUCUCUUGAUCCUCGGAAACCAGCCUCUCAAUGUGUUUUGGAUGGAGUCAGGGGCUGUGAUAGCUAUAUGGUUUAUUUGUUUGAUAAGAGUAAGACUGUAUAUGAAGGACCAUUUGCUUCCAGAAGCUUAUCUGACUGCGUAAAUUAUAUUGUACAGGACAGCAAAAUACAGCUUCCAAUUAUACAGCUGCGUAAAGUAUGGGCCGAAGCAGUACACUAUGUGUCUGGGCUAAAAGAAGACUAUAGCAGGCUCUUUCAGGGACAGAGAGCAGCAAUGUUAAGUCUUCUUAGAUAUAAUGCGAACUUGACAAAAAUGAAGAACACCUUGAUCUCAGCAUCUCAGCAAUUGAAAGCGAAAUUGGAGUUUUUUCACAAAAGCAUUCAACUUGACUUGGAAAGAUAUAGUGAGCAGAUGACUUAUGGGAUAUCCUCAGAAAAAAUGUUGAAAGCAUGGAAAGAAAUGGAAGAAAAGGCUAUCCACUAUGCUGAGGUGGGUGUCAUUGGAUAUCUGGAGGAUCAAAUCAUGUCCCUGCACACCGAAAUCAUGGAGCUACAGAAGAGCCCCUAUGGACGGCGUCAGGGAGACUUGAUGGAAUCUCUGGAACAGCGCGCCAUUGAUCUCUAUAAGCAGUUAAAGCACAGACCUGCAGGUAAGCAGUUUUACAGC